GCCCGGCCGGGGCCGCACUGCGCCGCCCGCCGCCCGCCCGCCGCCGGCGCCCGCACCGCCGCCCAGCGAUCUGCUUGCGGCGGUUCAGAGCGCGGCUGCGGCGGGCGCGGGCGGCGGCGGCUCCUUCCCGUCAGUCCUGGGACCUUCGCCUCCGCGCCUACCCGCGGAGGGACAGCGCGCGCUUCCGCCCGCAGCGGGGGCGGGGACGUCAGACCCUCGGCCCCACGGCCCCCCACGAUGGAGAAGCUCAGGCCCCGGGAAGGGUAGGCUCACGACUGCAGAACUAGGUGGAGCGCCCAUGCCGUGAGGCCGGGAGUCGCCCCUCUGCCAGCAUGCCGUGGGACGCUCAGCGGCCCGGGGGCGGUGCGAUCGGUGGGCCCGAAGGCGGCAGCGCAGCACGCUCGCGGGCGCAGAAGCAGUGCCGGAAGUCCUCGUUCGCCUUCUACCAAGCAGUGCGCGACCUGCUACCCGUGUGGCUGCUGGAGGACAUGCGCGCCAGCGAGGCCUUCCACUGGGACGAGCGCGGGCGCGCCACCGCCUACUCGCCGUCAGAGGCGCUGCUCUACGCGCUCGUGCACGACCACCAGGCCUAUGCGCACUAUCUGCUGGCCACGUACCCAAGGCGCGCGCUGGCCCUGCCCAGCGCCGGCUUCCGGUGCUGUGCUACGCCAGGGCCGCACGUGGCGCUGGCGGUGCGCUACAACCGCGUGGGCAUCCUGCGCCGCAUCCUGCGCACCGUGCGUGACUUUCCGGCAGAGGAGCGCACACGCCUGCUUGACCGACGUGGCUGCAGCCGUGUGGAGGGCGGCGGCACGUCCCUGCACAUGGCCUGUGAGCUGGCACGCGCGGAGUGCCUCUUCCUGCUGCUUGGCCACGGCGCAUCGCCUGCUCUGCGCGAUGGCGGCGGCCUCACACCGCUGGAGCUGCUGCUGCGCCGGCUGGAUCUUGACUCGGGGGCCACAGCUGCCCCUGGGGGUGUACCCACUGUACCUGGGGAGCCACGCCAGUGCCGCCUGCUGCUGCUCGACUUGCUGGUGCUGUAUGCGCCUGAAGGCACCACCGGCCCGACCCGCCGCGAGCUGCUGGGUGACCGGCCACGCUGGCUGCGGCUUCUGGGCGAAGACAAGUUCCAGUGGCUAGCAGGCCUGGCGCCGCCCUCACUUUUCGUGCGCGCCAUGCAGGUGCUGGUUGCAUCCAUCUCGCCCUGCCGCUUCCCCGAGGCCCUGGAUGAGUUGCCGCUGCCGCCCUUCCUGCAGCCGCUGGACCUCACGGGCAAAGGCUAGCCCACGGGGCACCCUGAGCACUGGAUUUUUGGAGAAUACUAUUUUUCAGAGCGUUGUACCUAGCACUUUACAUAUAUUGAUCUCUGUA